AUGACUCUAAGGUACGAAUUAGAACAAUGGAGAGAUGCCAUCAAAGCUUAUGAUGAAGUAGAUUUCGACCGGGCCUUGGAUUGCUUUAAGACUAUAGAUGACAAUGCAAAAGUUCAUUUCAAUAUUGGCCUAAUUUAUGCCGCACUUGGCGAGCAUGAAGAAGCGUGUCAGUCCUUUAAAAAAUCAGUAAAAUUGGAUCAAUAUUUUGCUGUGGGAUACUUUCAAAAAGGUGUAUCGAAUUUUUUGCUGGGUGAAUUUGAAAAAGCACUUGUAGAUUUCAAUGAUGCUUUACAGUUUCUUCGUGGCAAUAUGCUUGUCACAUAUGAGCAGUUAGGCCUCAAUUUCUGUCUUUAUUCUUGCGAAAUCCUAUUUAACAGAGGGAUUUGCUAUUUAAACCUUGAUCAAACGGAACAAGGUAUGGCUGAUCUUUCCCUUGCAGCAAAAGAAAAACUAACAGAAGGUCAUGAUGUUAUUGAUGAAGCCAUUCAAAUUCGAGGUCAGGGUUUCUCUGUUUUUUCAGUUCCUGUUGGUGUACUGUUUAGACCUCCUGAAAAAAAACUUUACGAUGUUAAGAUUCUUUUGGAGAAUGCUUUGAUGAAUUUGAAAUUAAAUCCAGAUUUCAUCGGUUUUGAUGAUGCAGAACAACUAAAAAAAGCACAGAUGGCGAUACUUGACACUCAUGACCCUUUACUGCAUCCUAGCUUAACAAACCAUCCAGAAGAAG